ACUCGGGUGUAACGCUCAGGUGCGCCUCACCCUCGGAGGUGAAAACUCCUGAAGUCGGUGCGAUGGAUUACAUCAGAUCAACAGGCGGUCAUUUCUGAAAAUAAAUAAAUAAAAUAGUAAUAAUAAAACAUGUUGAAACAGCGGAGCAGCGUCGGAGAAAAGGACGAUUAAAGUGAAGGAGUCGACCGACGGUUUCUAAUGACUUUCACCUUUCCUCAAACUCUCCCCAAAUUCUCACUUCUCUGUUUCAAAUGUCUUUUCUCAUCCCAUCUUCCCUCUCUGUGGCUCUCAGCUCGGGGGUCCUAAUCCUUCUUUCCAUGUACUAACCAAUCCGUCACACCUCCAACUAUUUCUUCAUUCUCUCAAGCUAUUCUCUAUCUUCCUGUGCUUCACUCAUCUCUCCUCUCCUUUCCUUUCCUCUCCUCUCCUGUCAUGUCUGUAUCCAUGAGGAACCCACCCCAGCGUCGGCGCUCUCUGGGUCCUGUGUCCCCCAAGCGCAUAUACAGAAACCUGUCCGUCAGACUGAGGGGAGGAGAAUCAUCUGUUGCUGGGGAAAUGGACACACCCAAGCACCUCAGCAAGUCUGCAGAUGCUUACAAGACCCUGUGGGAGGCAGUGGAAAAUGAGGACACUUUGGCUGUACAAAGCCUGCUAUCCAGAGACCACACCAGCUGUGGAGGGGGAGGAGGAGGAAGUAUGUGGGAGAGAGGAGAGAAGAAAGAAAAGGACUGGGAGAGAGAGAGGGAGAAGGGGGUGAACAGGGUGAGCGAACAGGGCCUGGUCCCCCUGGAUGUGGCUGCCCUUACUCACAAUUCCCCUCUGCUCCAUGUAUUGGCAAAGGCAGGAGCCAGGCACAACCCUGUUUUGUGUCGACCGGCAGAGUGGGAACUUAAGCUGGAUGCUCUGGUAGCACUGGCGGGUAAACGGGUGGAGGAGAGGAAGAAGGAGUUAAUGAGGAAGACGGGGGCAGGGCCUCAGGCACAGUCUGACGUCCAGAGACAGAUUCGCCUCUGGAGCCUCAGGCUGCAGCUGUACUGUCGGAUGAGAGAGAACUUCCAAAACACAGAGCUCCCCAGUCCUCCCAGUCAUGUGUCCAUACUGGUGACCAGCACCUCCUCUUUGUUUGUGGCGAUCAAAGAGCCAGAAGGCGACACCAUGGGGCUCAUCACCCGCUACAGAGUGGAAUGGAGCACCUCAGCCAGCUUCAAACGCAUCCUUGGCUCAGCCCAAGUUACAGAGACCAAGAAUCCCUCCUAUAGUAUCAAGGGACUCACAGCAGGAGUGCAUUACUUUGUAAGAGUGAGCGCCUACAAUGUGAAAGGAUGGGGUCCGCCUCAGUGCUCUACUCCAGUCAGCGCUGCCCCCUCCAGUUGGAGAGAGUGCAUUGGUGUGAAGUCACAGUUCAGAAACCACGAGGGCCUGGUGAGGAAACUGCUGGAAGACGCCAGAGAACCACAUUACAGAGGAUACUGCAUAGAGAGCUCUAAGCCCCAGAGUCCCAGCAAGCGUCUGUCUGUGUCUCGAGGCAUCAAACAACUGUUCCAGUCCGCCACCAAGUUUGUUCGCCUCCUACAAAGGGGCGUGUACUUGGCAACAGUGUUCUACCACAAGGAAAACAUCCUGGUGACAGCUGACGAUCAGAUCCCACUGGUGGAGAUCCAGUGCUGCUCCACCUCUAUCAUCCACGACUUCCUUUGGUUUGCCAAGUUGUCCUGUGCUUGGCAACAAGUGCCCUGGCUCCAGCAGGCCCUUUCCUCUGCACAUUCAUCUCCCUCCUCACUCCUUCAGAACAGGCACAACAUUUUAAGAGCUGUUUCCCAGCUGCAGUCUUCCCUGGGAACAGUGGACCUGGGCCAGGUGUACUACGAACCUCUGAAAGACCGGCAGGGUAACGUACUACUGGUGACUCUGAAGGAGUUCCCAAACUUUCCCAGCCCUCCGGACCCUCCGCUCCACUGGAUCCCCUUGCACCGCCUGGAAAAGAACCGCAGCAGAACUCCUCUCCUGCCUGAGCCCACUGCCAUGGACAUGCUCUAUGAGCAGUUGAAGGAGAAGCUGUCCUUCCACAGGCACAGUGUUCAGUGGGCCCCGUCAGGUCUGUACGUGGGCAUCCUAAAACUGUGCAGCUCAGUAGAACAGAUCAGGGUCCUGGUGCCUCAGAGGCUGCCCAAUCUACUCUGCCACACGCGGGUCCGACACAACGCCCAUGUAUCCAGAGAGGAGUGGGCAUGGCUCCAGACUCAUGUUUACACCACAGCCAAUGGCAGUGUUCAGAACUUGUUGAGCGGCGAGGACGAGAGCUUAAUGGAGAGCGGCGGGCUGGUGGAGUUUGUCAGGUCUCUGAGAGCAGCAGUCACACAUCUCCUGACAAAGCUCAACAUCCCCCUCUACAGGGCCUACCAGUAUGGUGUGUACACUCGUGAGCUGCUGCAGUUUGGAGACAACCUGUCCAUGCUGCUGCUGCUGCCUCCCAGUGAGGACUUCAGCUCCAGUUACUGGCCUCUGGUGGGGACCAAGGAGCCUGGUCUCACCAUGCCCCUGCAGAUCUUUGAGCUAGUUCACUUCUGGACGUAUGAACGGGACUUCCUGUCUCACUACUGUCAGGCCUGGGUGAGGCUGGAACUGGACACUCAUUUGGCCCAGCAGGCUCUGCGGGAGGCGCUGGACACCAAAGAGGUGCAGGAAGCCCGAGAGAGGCUGAACCACAUCACUGAGCUUUCCCACCGUCUGGAUGUGGUGUGGAGGGAUGCCCGCUGGAUUAUGGACUGUCUACAGUGCGUUCGGUCCAAGCAGUGGGUGGGGGCGGUGCCACUGGGUCUGGUGAUGGGAGGAGACCCACCACCGCGUCCUGAUGGGGAGGAAGAGGAGGAGAGUUUGACUGCCAGACUGACAUGGCCCAAUCGGACGCAAGCAAAGAGAAACAAUACAGAGAGUUUAGCCAGUGUGACUCCCCCAAAUGUCGUCACUGCUGAGGUCUCUGCUCCAGCAGGGAUCAUGGUCGUCCCCGAAGAGGCUGCGCUGGUGUUGAUGGAGGGCGUCGCCAAGGGAGGGUACCCUGUGGACGUCACGGCCCAGUCAACUGUAGACUUGGCGAGCAUUGGCUCGUCUGAAUUAGGAUGUGCAAGCUCUUUAAUUGAAUCUGGACUAGAGCCUGCCGCUGUUGCACAGCUGGAAGCGGGGUACACGGCUUUGGACACGCAGGAGUCCUACAGCGCUGAACAGGACUUUCCUUCCAGCAUCACUGAGGUAAUCCGACCAAUGGAGAUGGCAGAGCUGGUGGACAUCUUGCCCACACUGAGUCUUAUUGAGGAGGAGAUCCCCAGUGGCCCGCCCACGCCGUCAGUAAUGGAUAUGCUAGAGAGCUUUGGAUUGGGGAUUGGUGAACACAACAGCUUCUUUGACUUAGGGAAUUCAGAUUUGAUGAACGGAGCUGGGUGUCUCUCACAACCUGACCUGCUCUGUAACAAUGGCAGCAACGUGACAGACACACACAAUGAGAAUAUGGUGUCGCAAGGACAGGACUUACCGGCUUCUCAUAACAUGUUGAGUGCCACUGGUGGUGAUGUGCCUGUUUUGAGAUGGGAUUUUCCUCCACAGGAUACAGAGAUGCAGCAGGUGUCCAGCAAGGGAGCAUGCUUUCCUGUGAGAAACCAGGUGGAGUGGGACAGACCCUCCAGCAGCUCAUCCUGAUAUCGACUCAAGUCACAGCCUACUUUGAACUUGUAUCAAUUUUAAACCUCAGUAGGCUGCACACCUUUGACUCAUAGAGAAUAAUCCAUGUGCUUUGUAAAUAACUGUGUCCAUUUGCACAGUUAAUAUGAACUAUUGCUAGGAAAAAUUUAAGUGACAUCUAGAUGCAACUUCAUCUUCCACAUCAUUGCAGCUGAUCUAAAAAUGGAUGUGGAAAAUUAAAAGAAAGAUGCCAUCACUAGACUAAUUUACAUGGUUUGCACAUUUCUGGACCUGUAGUUUGUCUUUUCUAAUGUACAGUCCAGUAGACCUUCCUGUGUGCGUAAUCUAAGUUAUAGUAACAGUUUUUAUGGCUUGAAAAUCCAUCACUCACUACAGCACAAAGCAACAUUGCUGCUUGUUGAAGCUAGUAAACAAACUCAUUAAAUGCAUACAGUUCAGUAAAAUGGAAGUGUUUGCUUUGCAGUCUAUGAAAAGCUGUUACACUGUGGUUCUCUUUGGUUUACCUCUGUGAACUUUUGGCAUUUGUUAACAAAGCAGUAGUGAGAUUUCUAAUCCUGUUGAUUAUACAGUAACUGCUGUCAUUUGUUGGCAUCCACUUCAGCUGAAACUUACACACACACACAAAAUUCAGACAAAGAAAAGUAUUAAGUCAAACUGUGAGUGCUGCAAAACAGUCCAAACUCAAGAUACCAGCUUACAGUAGUGAGAGGACAUAGAGGAUGAUUUCCUCUUUAGUUUCUUCAGUCAUUUUCACGAACGAUCCCUCACUACAAAGGCCUGUUCAAAUGCAGGCUUUCAAAAAGAUCUCCACUAUUGCAUUUCUUUGCUUGCAUGUACCUACUUUGUAGCACACACAGUCCCAAAAUGUUUUCUGGGUCUAUUUCUGGGCUUUUUGUUCUGUAAAAAAAUUUGGCCUUAAAUUGUUGUGUCCGUAUUUACUGUAUAUUUACCUCCUCUUUUCAGUCAGUCAGCCAGAGAUGAAGCUAUAGCUUAGGGAAAAAGUAGACUGGUUAACCGUUUUGGGAGUAACCAGAGAGAGGGGAAAUUGUGCUGAUUGAAUAAAAGGUUUGGGAGAGACAUGCCGCAAUAAAACAAGUUACCACAAGGACAAUGGAGACUAGACCGACUGGAUAAAAGGCUGUGGAGAGAUAUUAGGGAUGUGUGACGAGGGCCAGAGUGAAGUAGUUUUCACGGCUGAACCUUUGCUAUAGUUUUUUUUUUACAACAGAGCCAUGAAGUAGCUGAAAAUACCAGAACAGAUUAUUCGAUAGAAGAACAAAAUAGAAUGGAAUUGCCUUUCUUUGGAGUCAAGCGCCUUUCAACAGGGGUCAAUGUGGCUGUUUCCACAGCCAUAUUGACCUCCACAGGACCUUUUUAAAAAAUUAACUUUGGACAAAGUUCACAUUAUAAGCGAGGUAUUAUCUUUGGCAGGAAAAAAAGAAAUACUUACAGUAAGUAGGUUAUAACAUUUAAAUGCCAUGAACAUGUGGACACCCAAAUUUUCUGAAGGUCAUUAUGUAUGUUAAGUUGAGUGAGUUGGAACUGCCCAAAAUAAUGUUGUUUAAAAAAUCCCUUUAAAUAACCUCCUGUGAGGCUGUUGCACAGUUAUUAAGCAUUUCCUGUUUCAUUUUAUAGGUGUUUUGCAUUUCUUAUAUUUCUACUUCAAUGCCUGUAACAUUUUAGUUCAACAUAUUAAAGACCAUGCACAUCCCUACAGUAUGUACACUCACAUAGGUGUUUUCACUUAUUUUACCUAAUUGGACUUCUUCUCAAGACUGUAUGAGUCUGUACAGACUGUAUUUUAUUGACAUACCCUGUUGCACCUGUUAAGGUAGGACAGGGGAUGGGGCGGAGUCUAAUAAACUAGACUUAAUGAAA